GUUAUGUCAUUGAAUAGUAAGUAGUUGGAGAUCAAAUAUCAUAAAUGUUUGAAGAGAUGAUUGUUGCAAACAAAUCGGUAAUUUCUUUAUUGAAUUCUGCCUAUCGUUUUAAAGUAGGGCAACAAUUGCAAACUUUGCCGUCAUUUACUAAAUUCCUGACUCCUAAAGAUUCACAUUCUUGUAUUUCAAUAAAUUGCUAUCAGCAACAAAAUUACAUAACCUCACUAGACAAAAACAUGCAUUGUCUUAUAAAUAGAAAUAAAACAUCCAUUUUAUCAAAGGCAAUGAGUGAGCAAAGCAGCGAAAAUCUUCAUGUCAAUUAUUAUGACAUUGUUAAAGCGCAAAAAGAUGAAAAUAUUUUAAUUAUUGAUGUAAGAGAAAAUUAUGAAAUAGAAGAAACAGGAAAAUUGCCAGGAAGUGUUCAUAUUCCAAUGCAUGAAGUGACAAAUUCAUUACUAAGUCUUACGAAUAAAGAAUUUGAAAAGAAAUUCAAUCGACAAAAACCUGUACAUGAUACUAAAAUUAUUUUGAGCUGCAAAUCUGGUCGAAGAAGUGCAAUGACACAAUUGGAUGUACAAAAAUUAGGAUAUAAAAAUGUACAUAAUUACUUGGGAGGAUGGCUUGAUUGGGAAAGUCAUCAAAAAAAUUAAGCGAUACAUAAAAGCCUAAAAAAAUUAAAUAUUAAUUAUUAUGUAUAAAACA